AGUUAACCAGUAUGCAAUUAUUUUACCUACUACUAAUUCUAAUGGUGAUUGCACCUGAGCCAAUGCUAAGCGAUAGAAUGCUCAUAACGGACAAAUGCAAGCAGCCCCCUUUUCAUGAGGUGAAACCCGAUGGGGUGAAAACGUGUGGCAUGAAGGUUACCAGAUGGAGUUACGAGGAGGCUAACAACAAAUGCAAAUCUUUUAUGUUUGGUCAGUGUAGGCACAAUAGGAAUUUCUUUGCCACUGAAAAGAAAUGUGAAUACGAAUGCAAAUUAAUCGAUAACAAUGGCAAGCAAGUGAAAAUGAAACAACUGUAUCCCACCAAACCGUCAAGCGACUAGCAAUAAUAUUGAAAUAAAUAUGUCAUAGUAACGGUUUUCGCACAAUUAAAUAUUUCAAAUUGAAUACACCUGCAAAAGUUUACGUGUCCGUCGAAUAAUAAAAUAU